AUGAAUGAGACUGUUUAUAUUACUCAACCUAUUCGGACUAUUAUAACAGUUGAAGGAGCACUUGGUAUAGUAUCCAAUAUUGCGGCGAUCACUUUAGUGUGCAGAGCCCAAUUUGGUUCAAGAUUUUCCGCAUUCGUAUUUAGAGCUCAACUAAUAUUUGAUUUAAGUGCAUGUCUCUCAACAACAGUUUAUCUUGUGGUUCACUCUAUAAUGCCUAACAAUUAUUUGACAAGAAUAUACAUUAUUGAUUCCCUCAUUUGUCAUUUGUGGUUUCGAAAUUCAUUCUUCUGGUUAUUUUGCAUUCUGAGCGUACAAAAUUUAGUUUGUUUAUCGUUGGAUAGAGUGAGUUCUGUCAUAUUUACUGGAUCAAUCAAAGCGUAUGCGAACAGAUUCUUUAUACUCUACUUCAUUUACAUGCUCUCUAUGGUUUUAAUUUUAUACGUACCUGUUAUACUUUUUCGCCGGAUGGCCUCCGGACAGUGCGUGGUGGAUUAUUCAUUGCCUUGGAUUCGAUCAAGUGCAUUUCUUAACUAUGUGACGUAUUCAUGGAUUGCGUUCGCUUACUUAGUGCCAGUUCUAGUUAUGUUGGUCAGUCAUGCAUGGAUAAUACACACCAUUAAAAGGACUCACUCUUCUAAUCACAAGAUUUUAGUAGAAAAUGUGGAGUCCAAUUUAAGAAUGAAACGGAAAAUUAUUCAGUUGGUUAUUACAACAGCAAUAAUGUCAUGUCAACAGGCUAUAUUACACUCAUUUGAAUGCAUAUUUGAAAUAUUAAUCAAAACUGGAGUCGUGGUGUAUACUUAUGGUUCUCCCAUCGAACAAAUGAGUACAUUUCUGAUAUUGUUGGGAUGUAUGUCAAAUCCAUGUAUUCUCAUUUUCAGUACAGGUGCUUUAAGAAGACGUUUGUCAAUAUCAAUUAAGAGUUUAACGGAAAGAAUGAGUACUCUUGGAACGUUCGGACAAUGA